GGACGCGGCGGAAGGAGGCGAGGACAGGGGACGGCGUGCGCGUGCCCAGAGAGGAAGCGGAAACGCGUGUCGGUAUUAAAGGCGUCGCCCCGCCCACUGCAUACCUCUUUCCGUCUCCGGCCGCCGCUGCGAGAGGUGCUGCCGCCAUGUCCGCGCAUCUGCAGUGGAUGGUGGUGAGGAACUGCUCCAGCUUCUUGAUCAAGAGGAACAAGCAGACGUACAGCACCGAACCCAAUAACCUGAAGGCCCGCAACUCCUUCCGCUACAAUGGGCUCAUCCACCGCAAGACUGUGGGCGUGGAGCCGGCGGCGGACGGCAAAGGCGUCGUGGUGGUGAUGAAGCGGAGAUCCGGCCAGCGAAAGCCGGCCACGUCCUAUGUGCGGACCACCAUCAACAAGAAUGCCCGGGCCACCCUCAGCAGCAUCCGGCACAUGAUCCGGAAGAACAAGUACCGCCCGGACUUGCGCAUGGCCGCCAUUCGCAGAGCCAGCGCCAUCCUGCGCAGCCAGAAGCCUGUGAUGGUGAAGAGGAAGCGGACCCGCCCUUCCAAGAGCUCCUGAGUGAUCUGUCCCUUCCCCAAAUCAAUAAAGCUGUCAACCUCCUUGCC